AUACACACAUAUUCCACACAUUCCAUAUGUCCAUGUGUACACACACACACACACACACACACACACACACACACACACACACACACACACACACACACACACACACAUUGACAUGACAAGAGACGUACGUGACUGUAACAUCUUCUGCCUAACUGAGACGUGGACAGAACAACGGAUUCUGGCAAAACUAGAGGAGGGGGGGUAUGCAUUUUUGUGAACAACAGCUGGUGUGAUAGCCGGAAUGUCAUGGUACUAGCAAAACACUGCUCACCUGGUUUGGAGCUCAUCACUGUGAAAUGCAGGCCAUUUCCCCUUCCCCGGGAGUUCACAUCCGUCAUCAUCACCACCAUCUAUAUACCACCUCAAGCGGACACUGAUACAGCACUGAAGGAGUUGUCCAGGACUCUCAGAAAGCAACAGAAUGACAACUUGGAUGCAGCUGUGAUUGUGGCUGGUGACUUCAAUAAGGCCCGUCUCAAGAAGGUCAUGCCGGAUUUUUAUCAGCACGUCAAAUGUAACAGCAGAGGGGAGAGGACACUGGAUCACUGCUACACCUUGUUCAAAGAUGGAUACAAAGCCAAGUCUCUUCCUCCUUUCGGCAAAUCAGAUCAUGCUGCAAUAUUCCUUUUGCCCAGGUACCAGCAAAAACUGAAACGCGAGCCUCCAGCCAUGCGUGAGGUGACGCUCUGGUCAGAGGAGUCUGAAAACAUGCUCCAAGUUCCGCUGAGCAUUGUGGACUGGGAUGUGUUCAGAUCUGAAGAGAACAUCGAUGAGUUUACAGAAGCAGUAGUAGGGUUCAUAGGGAAGCUUGUGGAUGACACUGUUCCCAAAGCCAUCAUGAAGACAUACCCAAACCAAAAGCCAUGGGUAAACCACUCCAUCCGCGAAGCUCUGAAUGAACAAACUGCUGCUUAUAGAUCAGGACUUCUAUCUGGAAACAUGGAGGAAUAUAAAGCUGCCACAUACAAUCUACGGAGAAUGGUGAAAGAAGCCAAGAGACGGUAUGGGGAAAAGAUCCGGUCCCAGUUUGAACAGUCAGAUUCCAGGUGUAUGUGGCAAGGGCUACGGGUGAUGUCGGACUACAAAUCACCAACUUCCACCAUUGGGAACGCUGACCCCUCGCUGGCAGAUGAGCUCAACACAUUCUACGCGCGCUUUGACCAAAAUGUGGAGGACAUCACCCAGGCGCAUGUUGAAUGUGCGUCAGUCCUGUCAGGCCCAGUGGAGACUGCGUUCAUGACGCUCUCAGAGCAUGACGUGCGGAGAGCAUUUAGGAGCGUGAACACCAGAAAAGCGGCAGGUCCAGAUGGCACUCCUGGACGAGUAUUCAAAACCUGCGCAGAUCAACUUGCUCCUGUAUUCACCAAAAUAUUCAACCUCUCUUUGGCUCAGUCAACUGUACCAACUUGUUUUAAAAGAUCAACAAUUGUUCCUGUUUCAAAGAAUUCACAUCCUGCUGGCCUGAAUGACUACCGUCCAGUUGCUCUGACGUCUAUAGCCAUGAAGUGCUUUGAGAGGUUGGUCAAAAAUUACAUCUGCUCAUCAUUGCCCUUAAAUCUAGAUCCCUUGCAGUUUGCAUAUCGGACUAAUAGAUCUACUGAUGAUGCCAUCAAUUGUAUACUGCAUACUGCAUUAGCCCACCUUGAUAACAGGGCAGGGAAUUAUGUGAGACUGCUGUUUUAUAGAUUUUAGCUCAGCAUUUAAUACAAUCAAACCUGUAUUACUACUCACUAAGUUGGAAGAUCUUGGACUGAAUUCAUCUCUGUGUAAAUGGAUUUGUAACUUCCUGACUGGUAGACCCCAGGCCGUGCGGGUGGGUAGUCACAUCUCUUCAUCCCUUACGCUCAAUACAGGAGCGCCACAGGGAUGUGUUCGAAGUCCAUUGUUGUAUUCCCUCUACACAUACGACUGUACAGCAGUACAUUAUUCCAACAUCAUUGUCAAGUUUGCUGAUGACACAGCAGUAGUUGGCCUCAUUUCAAAGAACAAUGAGCAGGUUUACUUGAGUGAAGUAGACAGGUUAUCUAACUGGUGCCAGGAAAACAACCUCCUCCUGAAUGUUACGAAGACCAAGGAGAUGUUUAUAGAUUUCAGGCGUGAUCAGCAUAAGAUUUAUCAACCACUUAUGAUCAAUGACUCAAGUGGAAAGGGUAGAGAGUUUUAAAUAUCUUGGAGUCCAUAUUACUAAAGACCUAACUUGGACCAUCAGCGUCUUUUCCACCUCAGACGCCUCAAGUACUUCAAGUUACCUCAACAACUACUGAAGAACUUUUACAGAACCACCAUUGAAAGUGUUAUCACUGGGAGUAUUAACAGCUUGGUAUGGAAAUAGCACUGAGCUAGACCGUAAAGCUCUGAAGAGAGUAGUCUGAAGAGAUCAGCUGAACGUACCACCAGAAGUGCCCUACCCAAUCUACAGGAAAUUUACCUAAGGAGAUGUCAGUCGAGAACAAGAAAAAUGAUCAGGGAUCCCAGUCACCCCAACAACUGCCUCUUACCGAAACGUUACCGCUGCCUGAAGUCCAACACGGAGAGAAUGCGGAAAAGUUUUUACCCCCAGGCUAUCAGGAUUCUAAAUGAGGAUUGUAGCAGGAGCACCAGCAUACAGUACAGCAGCCUAAACACUUUGCACUUUGGACUUUAUUUCUUUAUUCUUCUCCCUUUUUUAUAUAUAUAUCCUUUGCACAGUCUUGGAGUCAGUGGAACAAGCAUUUCACUGCAUUUAUAGGCUACCUGUAUAAUGUAUGUGACAAACAUUUGAUUUGAUUUGAUUUGAUUUGACAUUGGUGCACAUAUCACAUAUAGUCAUGUAGUGAUGCUGCAAGGUUGAAGUGGUUUUUGAGGAAUAAGAUUAUUUAGCCAUAAAAAUGUGAACUCAUUUGCCUGUUUAACAAUGUGGUGUGAUGGAUAUUGCCUGAGCCAUUACCUUUUUAUUUUAUUGACCUGCUCCUUGUUCAGUUCAUUCCUUGUUCACUUUGUUUUUUUUCU